CCCUAUGCAGUUGGGAAUACAUAGCGCCGCAGCUUACUUCUAGCGGGACGCACAAGACGCCCGUCUGAAGCAUCGCGCCGCGGCGGCACCAUCAACCUCGCCGUAGUACCCGCGAUACCCAUACGCAUGACCAAACUGCCAUCCUUAUCAAGGAGGAUCCCCACUACCCCACCCCAUUUCCUCCCCAGCCGGUAGGCACGACUAUUAUCUCCCUGUCUGUUCCCGUUGCCACAGAGGAAUCGGUCAUCGAUUUUCUGCCGAGAUCACCGAUCCAAAGAUUGGAUCUGACAUUCGAAUUGCGUGGUUCUCGGCGGCGCUAGAUCUGCGACCGGUCAGCGUGGGGUGAUCGGAAGAGUGUAAGGGCGAGAUGGGGCUCGCGUUCGGGAAGCUCUUCAGCCGGCUCUUCGCCAAGAAGGAGAUGCGGAUCCUCAUGGUCGGUCUUGAUGCCGCCGGAAAGACUACCAUCCUUUACAAGCUUAAGCUCGGCGAGAUCGUUACCACCAUCCCAACUAUCGGGUUCAAUGUUGAAACUGUCGAGUACAAGAACAUUAGCUUCACUGUUUGGGACGUUGGCGGUCAGGACAAGAUCAGACCUCUCUGGAGGCAUUACUUCCAGAACACACAGGGUCUUAUUUUUGUUGUGGACAGCAAUGAUAGGGACCGUGUUGUUGAAGCCAGAGAUGAGCUCCACAGGAUGCUGAAUGAGGAUGAGUUGCGCGAUGCUGUGUUGCUUGUCUUUGCCAACAAGCAAGAUCUUCCAAAUGCUAUGAAUGCUGCUGAAAUUACUGAUAAGCUUGGAUUACAUUCCCUUCGCCAACGCCACUGGUAUAUCCAGAGCACAUGUGCUACAUCCGGUGAGGGUCUGUAUGAGGGCCUGGACUGGCUCUCCAAUAACAUUGCCAGCAAGGCUUGAGGCUUGGUAUUUUGACUGCAGAGCUGGCUAGGAGUUGUGGAUGUACCAUUUCAUACUUAAGACGAAUUAUUUGUUCCAAUCUAAUAUGUGCCUUUGACAAGCUCAGUAUUUUUGUAAUGAUGUCCCAGUUAAAUGUUUCCUUUCGGAUGAUCUCUCUUGUUGGUAUUUUGCAAUGAUUUCAAAUAUCAUACUCCUUUCGUUCCUAAA